GCGGUGUGCGUAUGCAAUUUUACUUGGAAUUUUAAGUUAAAUGUGAAUGUGGUCGGUGGUAAAGUGAUAUUUGAUAUCUUUAGGCACAUUAGCAACCUUUAAUGCGAAUGAAAAUAAAAAAUCGGCAGUUUUUUACCUGCUUGUACAGCUUUCAUGACUAACAACAACGAACAAAACGGCCGCCAGCCUCCUUUACCGCCACAGCCGCAGACCUCAAAUCGACAAUCUACAGAUCAAAAAAAUAAGUAGUCGAAAUGUCGCGGCUUUGUUUGGGGCAUAUGCACUAAAGGUGCUCAGUGUAAAUUUCGACACGAGUUAAAUGUGAAAUAUAUGAAAGAAAUCUUGAGGUUUUGUCACGAUUAUCAGAACAAAACAGGUUCUGAUAAUAGACCAAAUUGCACGUAUUUGCAUGCAAGUAGAGAGGAAGAGAAUCUCUUUUUAAGAGAAUCUGGACGAAUACCUAGAGCUCUGGCAGGAAGAUAAGCAGCUAUGUCUAACGCGCCUAUGAACGUGUAUGUGAAUGAAUAUUUAGUUCAACCACCACCGCCACCUCCGCCGCCCCCGCCGCCCCCGCCGCCUAGUUCCGCGCUGCCACCUCUUCCAGCAUCUUCAUUAUUUGCGCCGCCACCGCCUCCACCACCUCCGCCGCCGCCAACGACAGCUAUUGCGCCUGUUCAGACGACACCUCCCCUAUUCUCAGCUCCACCUGCCUUUAACGGUCCCACAAUGUUUACAACGACACAGCCACCACCACCAUUGCCACAUAUGUUUGAUGCCAGUAGACCUCCUCCGCCAUUGCCAACUAAUGCAACUCCUAAUAAAAAUGGCGCUGUCAAAAGAUCUGCCGAGCGUUCUGAUGAGGCCGGUCCAAGCAAAGCCAAGAAAGCGGACUGCGUCAAAGUUGACGGCCACUGCGAAAACUGUAUCCAGCGGGAACUCAGGGCUGAGCUGUACCGCCAGGAGUUGCAGAAGUUGGAGUGUGAAUACGAAUACCAGUCCUACAUAUUCGAGAAGAAGUCUGCAGAACAUGCCAAUGGUAGAUUGUUGCUGAAGUCAGCCGUGAGCUCAGAUUGGUUUCGCAUUCUCGAUGAAUAUAUAGAGGAGUCUUCUGAGCCGACGCAGCACGAACUACUCAGCCAGUUUAACCAAGCGUCUACGUUUAGUUCUGAAACCUCCACCGUGCCAAGACAGUUUCUACUGCAGUUAAUAGAAUGUGUAUUUCGCAAUCAACGAACUGUUGUAGAAACGCCGCCUGCACCAGUCGGAAUAGAUGAAUCUCCACUAUUGCAGUCCCUCGCUGGGUUCACCAGGAGAGCCAAUCCGGUGAAUCAUAUGUCUACCGACGUUAUACAGACAAUGUUGGAGAUGAUAAGAAAUUCGGUGGCUACUACUAACGAGAGGAAUCAAAUUAAUGAAUCUCGUGCAAAAGAAAUUUUAAACGCGGAUCGAAGCAGACCAAUUGCAUCAAAUAUAAGCAACAAUGGAUUUAGUCAAUUCAUUAAUGGACAUACGGCAGAAAGUGCUACUCUGACGGCAGUAACAAGUUCCAUCAGAUAUCCCAGUACAACGAAUAUCACAGUUCGAACAUUCGCUAGUGGAAUGGCUAGCACAGUGGCUACGGCUUCGGCAGUAUCACAUCCCCCGACGGUUCCUUACUUAUCAAAUGCGUCUCACACGCCAAACGCUCCUCACCUGCCUAAUGCCCUUGGUGCUACUGCACCUUGUCCUCCGAGUGCACCCCACCCGCCGCCAGCCCCUCAUCCCGCGACUGCUCCCCAUCCUGCAAGCGCGCCCCAUCCUCCAACUGCUCCUCAUCCUCCCGGUGGUCCUCAUCUUCCGACCGCAUCACACCCUUCGACUGCACCCCAUCCUCCUAGUGCUUCCCAUCCGCCAACUGCGCAGCAACCCCAAGUGAGAGCUGUCACUACGCCAUCACCGUAUUUACCGUACCAGCCGGCUGUUCCACCACCACCGACUAGAGGUUACUAUCCACAGGCAUAUCCUUCUACAUCCAGUAAUGUACCAAAUGCUCUUCAAUCAUAUUCAAACUUUCCUGUGCGAGGAGCAGUAAAUCCACAAAUACCAGCUCGUCCUUCAACAUCGACGACGGCGACGGUGACGGCGCCGGCACCGUCGGUACAAAACAUGCAGAAUUAUAAUGCGUAUGUUUUGGGCAGAUAUCCUCCCCAGCCACCCUAUGGUCCAUUCCAAUAACAUUGCGAAGAUCAUGACGAAUCUUCGUCGCAAAGUAAUAAGUGACGUGAAAAGGACUAUUACAACUUAUAAAUGGAGUUGUGCGCAGUGUUGAUUUAGGUAAAUGAAGAAAGGUAUGUACAGGGUAGCUACACCAAUCAUUGAAAAUGGAAGAAUUUGAUGUCAAACAUAAUGUAUGGCUGGACAUGACUGCAUCAAAAAUGAUAAGAAAAUGUUUCAGCAAUCCAACCAUCUUUCCGCCCUUGAUUACUCAAGGGCGGAAAGAUGUCAAAUAAUAUUGUUGUAAGUAGAUACUUCAUUACCUACCUUCAUUACUGCACAAGACAUUCCUGCUUAGUAUUGAAUAGCGAUCUGUUUCGACUUCGCAAGAGUAUCCAAUGUUUAUCAACGAAACUAUUGAAAAUGUUACACGUCGUAAUGAUUGUAUCCAAACCUUUUUCUGUUUAUUGGAAGACACAAACGUUACUGUUCAAUGUACUAGAAUUUUGUAAUUUUACUGGAGGCUAAUACGGCGGUGAAUAUAUUGGAUAUGCAAAUAUGUAAGAGAAAUAAACUUCGCGUAAUGUACCUACCAAUUCCUGUUUUGUAUAAAAGUCGUUACAAUAACUUAAACAUGGAUUUUUUACGAUAUAUUUUAUAAAUAACUAAUCAAAUACAUAUUUUAUUCAAUAAUCAUGAGAUGAAUGAAUUACAAUCAAUACCUACAUUACAAACCUAAGUGAAACAUCAUCGAUUAAAAAUUCAUCUAAUAAAUACAUAAUAGUAGCCUAAGUCAUAAGACAUAUAUUUUAGUAAUCACUAAUAUUGAUGAAGAACUCUAUAAAAUAUAAGCAAAAUAUUUUCACAUCACGUGUAGAUUGUUUGUAAGCUGUUUCGAAAAUCAAGAACUUUGCAAGUUCUAAAUUUUCAUCAUUUUUAUAAAUUUUGUAAAAUUUUUUUUUCAAGCCAUGACUCAUAAUGUGAAUGGCGUUAUACUACACUUGCUCUCUUCAUAGCACUUUGGAUCGAUUAUCUACUACGUUUCUUCACUGAGGUGUGGUCGUUUAUAGCUUUGUAGAUAUUUUGUCCAUGUAAUUAAUUUAGGAUUUUUUUAUAAACGUCACCUUCGUAAAAAUUCCGAAAAUUGAAAUCUUCAACAUAUUACAAACAAGCUAGACUUGUAAUAUAUUCGCAGAUUAUCUAUACCUACACUGUUAGCAUACUUCUUAAUCGAUAAUUAUUUCAGAAGGUACUAAAAUUGUAUAACGCCGUUUUAUUUUACAAAUACUUCGUUUAGUACACUACAAACUUUCCGUAGCUUACGACAUUUUUGCAUUUGAUUACAGAAUUGUGUAUUCAUGUCGAUUCACUGUACAUAAUACAUAGGUAAUCUCUACAGUAGAAAUGCCAGGUUUAGAUUAAAGAUAUAAGUUUAUAAUAAUUAAAAAAAACUGAUAAUUUUGUAACUUUGUUUAUUUAAGUUUUUAUUAGAUAAGUACUUAAGUGUAAAACUUGACAAAUUGAAUUACAAUAAAUGCAAUUUUGCUAUACCUACAUAAACUAUUGCAUAAGGUGUAUAUUUUGUUAAACAUUCAUAAAGGAUUUGUUUGUCUAUCAUUUGCUAACAAUAAAAUACAUUAUUUGAUAAAUAUAUUGUUAUUACGGUUAAGACGUCGUCAAUAAGUUAUUUAUUAGAUAUAGUUGUAUAUUAUUAUUUUCCUAGUCUAGCAAAAAAUAUUUUAAGGGUCGAUAACUUAUAGGGCCUGUAAGGACAAGGGACUUUUAACUGCUGAGAACAAAAAAUUUUGAUUAUGGAAAAGACUCGACUGCAUCACGGAGUACUUUUUUGUCAAUAUAUAUAUAAUAAUAAUGCGCCUUAUAAACUAUAGAUAUCAAAUAACGCACGAAGAGGCCUGAGUGUAUCUCGUGUUACGCUCGAGUCAAGGCAGUUGGACAAGAGUUCCUGAUCUUUGUAGCUCCUUAGAGAGGUCUUAAAGACAUCAAUAUAGAUCUCAGUGUAACUCGUUUUAUUUAAGAUUUUUUAUGAUCAACAUUAUCGACUUGUGCGGGCUUUUGUAUCUAAAUAUUUUUUAUUACACCGGGUUACUAACUGUUGCAAUAAAUAAGUGUGGUCUGCUACAACCUUAUUUAUGUCUAUUUUAAAUUUUGUUAAAAGGUGGUCAAAUAAUAGAGAAUGUUAACGGUUUCAUAUGUGUCUAACUAUGAAGCGCUUGAUGAUACGUGUCAGUACGUAUAUAUAUUUGGAUAUAUUAUGUACUUAGAUUUGUAGUGGCCGAAUUAUAUACGUCUACAAUUUAGAUGACUUGCAUAGUUGCAUUUUUCAUAGGGAAUAACGUCGUACUGUGGCGUGUGGUGUUAUAGUACAACGACCUAAACCUUUCUUAAAUUAUAUAAUGAAUAGUAAGUAAUAAUCAAUAGUACCUAAUUAUGUUUCAAGUAUUCGAAGAUACAAAAGCGUACUUUCCAAAAUUACGCCAUAGUAACAUUGAUUUUGUCCUUUAUUUUUUAUCACUUACUGUUUUUAUAUUUUAGGCUUUUCUAUAUAUAUGUACUAACAUAGUUUCGAAUUAGAUAUACUGCAGUCACUUAUUAUUUUUUUUAAAUUGUAAAUAAAUAAAUUUUUAUUGAUGUAAAA